GAACCAAAAUUUAAAGAUGGCAUCAUUUAUCUAUUUUGCAUCUUUGGUAUUCUCUCCAAGAAGCAUAUGAAUAAUCGACACCCCCACAAAGUAUUCCUAUCUUUAAAUCUGUCUAAUUCCCAUACAAAAUUCUCUCUUCUCCUCCCAAAAAAUGUCUCACGAUCAUGACCAUGGCACCAUGCCAAUGCCCAUGUCACCUGAUUCCAUGUACAAUAACAGUAUGAACAUGAAUGAUAUGGCCAUGCACAUGAACUUCUUUUGGGGCAAAGAUGUGGUGGUUCUGUUUGAUGGGUGGCCAAACGGCCGCCUUGGUAUGUACAUACUGGCUCUGGCCUUUGUGUUCUUGCUAGCGGUGGCGGUUGAAAUCUUGGCGGCGGUGCCUAUAAAGCCAAGGAUGAGGCCUUUGAGUGGUGGGUUGCUUCAGGCGGCUGUUUAUGCUGUUCGUAUGGCUCUUGCUUACUUGAUCAUGCUCUCUGUCAUGUCCUUCAACGUCGGAAUUUUUAUUGUUGCGGUGGCUGGCCACGCGGUGGGGUGUUUUAUCGUCAAGUACCGUCCGAUUGCGGCGGUUUAUAUGGCGGCGAACGACGCUCCUAAAGUGUAGUUAUACUCUGUGUGUGUGCGCUUCUCAAGUUUGUCUGUGUAUUUCUUUUUUGAUUUCCUUCUUUCCGAAGUCCGAUUUAAAUUUUUGGUGUGAUUUUCAUUUUUACUUCAUACAAUAUUUGAAGACAAUGAUCAAAUAAAUGAAAGACGAAAUGAAUAAUAAAACCAGGUGGCCAUUGAGGCCCGGCAGCCUUAGAGAAUUU